CAUUACAACACCUCAACUGUUUGUUUAGUGCUGAAAAACGCCGGCGCAACGCUAGCUGGCAACUCUGUCUAGCAGCUGUCACAGCAACAAAAACAACAGGGGCAAGAAGAAGAACUUUGACAGCUGCGGCGCAACCAAAAUCGAAGAAAAACAUUUUACGAUGGGCAACGCGCUGACGCACUACUUGAAACCGGACGUGAUGCCCGGCCCGGAUGUGGUGCCCACCUUUGACCCACUGCUGGGCUUCGAGUCGCGCAAGGAGCGUGUGAUGAUCGCCACCCAGGAGGAGAUGGAGUCCGCCAAGCUGCCGCUGGAAUUCCGCGACUACUGCGCCCACCUGGCCAUCGCCUACCAGGCCUGCCGCAGCGACACCUUCCCGUUUGUGUACAAGUGCGCCCACCAGAAGCACGAGUACCUCACCUGCGAGUACGAGGACUACGUGCUCCGCAUGAAGGAGUUCGAGCGGGAGCGCCGGCUGCUGGAGCGCCAAAAGCGCCUCAACAGGGCCGCCUAGGCUUAAGCUAGACAUCCCUAUACAAAAACACCCCCAAAACACCAUCAGGUGACGCUCCUGGCCGCGGAUUCACUGCCACUGCCCCAUGUUGCAAGCUAGUUUCCAGCGGAAAUGUCAAUAAACAACUCCAUGCUAGUAAUAAUGCGGAUCUGCUAA